CUGUGUGUGUCUGUGUGUACUGUAAGUAAUUGAGCAGCAGUAGUUUGAUGUAAUGGAGGGGAAGGGCGAGUCAGUCCGCCUACACGGGCUUUGUGUUGAUGUUCAGGCGGUGCAACACCGCUGACAGUCCGCGACCAGGGCAGCACCAGAGAACAUCAUUCCCAACACCCAUCCACCAUAAAGAGAGGAAGAGAGGGAGAGAAAGAGGACAAACGGCGUUUUGGGCGAUUUGAACGUAAGGGAGUGGAGUUGGACUGAGUCAUGGCCACUUCAACGUCUUGCACGGGCUCCACACUGCUGCAGCCAAUUAGUACGAUUAUUGAUCUGCCAUUGGACCAGGUGAACUUUGUGGUAUGCCAGCUCUUCGCCCUGGUCACGGCCUUCUGGUUCAGACUCUACCUGCACCCUAGCAAGACAAGUCCCUUCAUCCGGCAUGUAGUCGCCACCCUGCUGGGCUUCUAUUUGGCCCUCUUCUGCUUUGGCUGGUAUGCCUUACACUUUCUGGUACAGAGCGGUCUCGCCUAUGGCGUUAUGAUCUUCACAGGCAUGGAACACAUGCACAAAUACUGCUUUGUGGUUACGCUGGGAUAUCUCAGUUUCUGCCAGGUCACAAGAGUCUAUGUGUUUGACUAUGGCAUGUACUCAGCAGACUUCACUGGGCCCAUGAUGGUCAUCACACAGAAGAUCACAAGUUUGGCCUUUGAGAUUCAUGAUGGUUUGAUGAAGAGGGAGGAGCACCUAAAGCCCAGUCAGAAAUAUCUUGCUGUCAGGAAGAUGCCCAGUCUGCUGGAGUAUCUGAGUUAUAACUGUAACUUUAUGGGGAUCUUGGCCGGCCCGACCUGCUCCUAUAAUGAUUACGUAGCCUUUAUAGAAGGCCGAUGCUACGAGCCCAAGCACCUGGAGUCAAACGGCAAAGAGAACGGGAAGUUGAAGCAGAGUGACCCUUCACCAAAGAGGGAUGUGAUCCAGAAAGUGUGCACGUGUGCUCUGUCACUAAUAGUUUAUUUGCUGAUCUACACUGCCUACCCUACGGAGCGUGUCAUCGACAACACCUUUAUGGCCUCGAACCCUUUCUACAUCCAGGUCUUGUACCUCUACAUCUCCAUGUUGGCUUUACGCCCCAAAUACUACUUUGUAUGGACGUUAGCCGAUGCCAUCAACAAUGCAGCUGGUUUCGGGUUUAAUGGCUAUAAAACAGAUGGCACGCCCAAAUGGGACAGAAUCUCAAACUUAAGAAUACUCAAUAUUGAGUUUGCCACCAGCUUCAAGAUGUUCUUGGAUAACUGGAACAUUCAGACGGCACUUUGGUUGAAAAGAGUGUGUUAUGAGCGCUGCCCUUACAAUCCGACUGCGGCCACAUUCCUCCUCUCAGCCAUCUGGCACGGAGCUUACCCGGGCUAUUACCUGACCUUCAUCACAGGCAUUGUUGUAACAAAGGCAGCACGGGCAGUAAGACACAAUGUGAGGCAACACUUCCUGGGCUCUGCCGUGCUUAAGCUCAUCUAUGACGUGAUCACGUGGUUCAGCACACAGAUGGCCAUUUGUUACACUGUUGUGCCAUUUGUACUGCUGGCAGUGGGGCCUUCACUAAAGUUUUAUAGCUCGUGGUACUGCUGCAUUCACCUGCUCUGCGUGUUGCUGGUGCUGGUUUUACCCGUGAAGUCCAGACGCACGAAACAACAGGAACAGCUGGGCAGCGUUCAGGCCAGCGAACAGAACUGUCUCUCCUCUCCUGACAACAACUGCAACCAGAAGCAGAAAGCCACAUGAGGGCAGGAAGGGCUGCUCGACCCGCACACAGCGCUGGGAGGAACUCUGAAUCCAGUACUGAGAGACGAGAGCGGCCAUUUCCUCCAUUAGAUCCAACCACACUGACAGAGACAUAAACUCCAGCAACAGUACAGCGAUUGGAGAUGGGUUUUAAAUGGGAAAUCUUCAUAGGAUCAUAUGAAAUUGGUUGAUUAAUGAUUAAAAUGGUGAAUAACUGACUUCAUUGUCAGUUAAUCGGAAGUUGCCUUAAACACUCUGUAUAUUUCGGACCUGAAGCCUCGUAUGGGGAUGGUGUUACAUAGGAACGGACCAGUCAUCGUUGGCUUAUUGAUUCACUACAUUAGUGCAGGAAGUCUAGCACUGGAAUCUACAGUACCUGGAAGGUUUCCGCCAUUGUCAACCUCUCUUUUAGUUCUUCUCAAUGGAAAUGUGUGCGGUAAAUGAUAAGAAACAAGUCCAGUUGCGUGUUGCCAAACUUAUAGGCCUUAGGUUCCUAUCUCUUGCCUUUGUUUUAUCUUUAAUAUUUCUUAAUUUCUGUGGGUUUCUAGUAGUUUCG